AAGGCGCGUGAGCGGUGAGUGAGCUGAAAUGAGUACCUAGACUGAGCAGUGAAGCGGCGGCGGCGCGGUGCAGGUGACAAUGUGCGGCGACGCAACCAACUGGGACGAAAAUGCGUACAGGGAGUGCCUCCUCAAGGGGAGGGAGAUCCAAACCCAAACCGUUUUCCGUACGGCUUGGGCUCCUAGUCCCCGAAACCCUAAUCCUCACUCUCUCGUCGUUGCUUCCAGCGACGGUUCUAUCGCCUCCUACUCCAUCCCUUCCUGCAUCUCCAACCUCAAAAAUAAUACCGAUGCCAAUGCGGCUAGAUUAUUGGCUGAACCAGAUUGCUUCUUUCAAGGGCAUGAUGGACCUACAUAUGAUGUCAAAUUCUAUGGUGAUGGUGAAGAUGCACUGUUGUUAAGUUGUGGAGAUGAUGGGUGGAUUCGAGGAUGGAGGUGGAAGGAACUUGCAAACUCAAAUAGUGCUGUUUCUUCUCAAGGAAACAAUAUCAAACCCAUACUUGACCUGGCAAAUCCUCAACACAAAGGUCCUUGGGGUGCACUUUCACCUAUCCCUGAGAAUAAUGCUAUUGCUGUUGAUUCUCAGGGGGGAUCUGUUUUCUCUGCUUCUGGUGAUUCUUGUGCAUAUUGUUGGGAUGUGGAAACUGGUAAAGUGAAAAUGGUAUUUAAGGGGCACUUGGACUACUUGCACUGCAUAGUUGCUCGCAACUCAUCCAAUCAGAUUAUAACUGGUUCAGAGGACAGGACUGCACGAAUUUGGGAUUGCAAAAGUGGAAAGUGUAUCAAAGUGAUUGAUCCAGUCAAAGAUUUGAACUCAAAAGGAUCUGUUUCAUGGGUUGGCUGUGUUGCAUUAGAUGCAAGUGAGAGCUGGUUGGCUUGCAGUAGUGGACGGAAUAUAUCCCUUUGGAACCUUCCUGCUUCAGAGUGCUUAUCAAGGAUUUCAACUUGUGCUUCUGUACAGGACAUGCUAUUUGACAGCAACCAAAUUUUGGCAGUUGGUGCAGAUCCUCUACUGAAUCGCUUUGACAUGAAUGGUGCAAUCCUUUCGCAAAUACAGUGUGCUUCUGCAUCAGCUUUCUCUGUCUCCUUACAUCCUGCAGGGGUUGUGGCAGUUGGAGGUUAUGGAUGUCUUGUAGAUGUUAUCUCACAAUUUGGUAGCCAUAUGUGCACAUUCCAUUGCAAGUGCAUUGAGGCUAUACCAUUCUACGCGGACCAAAAUGCCACAGAUUUGUUGCUCCCAGCAAAAACAUCUGAGAUCCGAGGAGUUUGGGAAACCCUAACUCCGCUCGAUCUUCUUCCACUGCAAACAUCUUCGUCCUCUUCAUCAUCAACAUCAAUAUCAACAUCAUCAUCCGCAGUCAUGGCAGGAGCUGCACCUGAGGGAACACAGUUCGAUGCUCGUCAAUUUGAUGCAAAAAUGAAUGAUUUACUCACAGCUGAUGGACAGGACUUCUUCACAUCUUAUGAUGAGGUGUACGAUAGCUUUGAUGCUAUGGGUUUGCAAGAGAAUCUCCUCAGAGGCAUUUACGCCUAUGGUUUUGAAAAGCCAUCAGCUAUUCAGCAAAGGGGAAUAGUCCCAUUUUGCAAGGGACUUGAUGUUAUUCAACAGGCCCAAUCCGGAACUGGAAAAACUGCAACUUUCUGCUCUGGAAUCCUGCAACAACUUGACUACAGCCUGACUGAAUGUCAGGCCUUGGUUUUAGCGCCAACCCGUGAGCUUGCUCAGCAGAUUGAGAAGGUUAUGCGGGCGCUUGGAGAUUAUCUAGGUGUGAAGGUUCAUGCCUGUGUGGGAGGCACCAGUGUUCGUGAAGACCAACGCAUUCUAGCCAGCGGUGUUCAUGUUGUUGUUGGUACUCCUGGACGUGUCUUUGAUAUGCUGCGCAGACAGUCACUUCAGCCGGAUCACAUUAAAAUGUUUGUGUUGGAUGAGGCCGAUGAAAUGCUUUCAAGGGGUUUUAAAGACCAGAUCUACGAUAUAUUCCAGUUGUUGCCAUCGAAGAUUCAGGUUGGAGUUUUCUCUGCCACAAUGCCCCCUGAGGCCCUUGAAAUUACUAGAAAGUUCAUGAACAAACCUGUGAGGAUCCUUGUGAAGCGGGACGAGCUCACUUUGGAGGGUAUAAAGCAGUUUUAUGUCAAUUGUGAGAGAGAGGAAUGGAAGCUCGACACACUUUGUGAUCUGUACGAGACAUUAGCCAUUACCCAGAGUGUCAUUUUUGUCAACACCAGAAGGAAGGUAGAUUGGUUGACGGACAAGAUGCGAAGCCGAGACCACACGGUGUCAGCCACCCACGGAGACAUGGACCAGAAUACGAGGGACAUCAUUAUGCGGGAGUUCCGUUCUGGGUCUUCCCGUGUUCUGAUAACAACUGAUCUUCUGGCACGUGGUAUUGAUGUUCAGCAAGUGUCUCUCGUAAUAAACUAUGAUCUCCCUACACAGCCCGAGAACUAUCUCCACCGUAUCGGUCGUAGUGGUCGGUUUGGUAGAAAGGGUGUUGCCAUCAACUUUGUCACGAAGGAUGAUGAAAGAAUGCUGUUUGACAUCCAGAAGUUUUAUAAUGUGCAAAUCGAGGAGCUGCCUGCAAAUGUUGCUGAACUCCUCUGAUGAGAUUGUCUUCCAACAUGUCUGAGAAAAGCUAGUUUAUGUUUGGUUGUGUUAUGUAAUGUUUCUUCUACCCCUUCCCCAACCCCUCUUUUUUUCCUCGUUCGGUAUUUCCUUUGAAACCCUUUUUUAAUGGGCCUAGUAAGUUUAUUUAGAUUGUCAGUCGUUUGGAUAUCCAAAGUGCAAGGUACUUGAAAUUAGAAACCGAUUAUUGCCCAUUUUGGUGUAUGGCUGUGUCGCACGUUUCUGUAAGGUAAUUUAUCUAAUGGUACUUUUUGUGGCA